AGUCGGACGACUAUUGGUCGCGCGCUCUGUGACGCAGCACGAGGGGCGGGAAGCGUAGGUCCCUCCCCCUCGGCUAAGCCAAUGGUCGCCCCGGGCUCCUGUCACGUGGGGGGCCCCUAACUCACGCCAAGUGGAUCGGGGCCCCCUAGUGCGCCCCCGGGAUGGAGAGGGAAGCGGAGCGGCAAUCGACACCGCCCCCGCCGCAGUCCCCGCCGCCAGUUCUGUUCCUGCCCCUGACUCGGCAGAAGUCCCAGGAAGAGCUGCCGCUGGGGAGCUUCGAGGAGGAGCACUACGACUGCUACGACUACUACAACCUGCGGGAGAGCCCGCUCCGCGGGCCCGGGUGGAGCAAGGGCCGCACCCGGCGGGAGCGGGAGCUCCGUACCAACCGCCCGGUUCCCGCGGGCCAUGAGCGGAAGAUCGCCCAGAAACUGUACAACAGUCAGCGGAAGCGGCGCCAGCACCAGCUGCAGCCCCGGCCUCGCACCCGCCUCUGCUGAGGGGGGCGGCCUCGCGCCCCCCGCCUUCUGCGCCCCUGCUCACGGAUACACAAAGGACACGUUAAAGUCUUAUCUCUGACUCCAGCGGUCACUGUUGCCAUAAGGAAAGAGAGUCCAUGGGGGUCCCCAGGGCGCUCUCGGGGCCUCGGUGCCUUCGCGCCUUGAGCCGGCCCUUCAGUAAGAUCUGUGUUCAGUCCUUGGGGCUGUAUCUUCUCUUUAGGAUUCCUCAUUAAAGGAGAGCAGCAAGAAUGGCUUUUCAACUCUUCUCUUUUGGUCAGUUAAUGUUACUCCGAGCACAAAAGUGGUUAUAAAAUAGGUGCUUAUAUGGCGUCGAUGCGAUUAUGCAAAGUGCUACUCUGCAGCUUAGGCACCAGAAUAAUAAAGAUCAAAUCUGUUCUUGUUCGACGCA